AUGGUUGUUAAUGUAUAUGUUUCUGCUGUAACUACUGAUAAUGUUUCAAGACAUGAACUUCUCGCUUGGGUGAAUGAUCUUCUCAAGGCUUCCCUCUCAAAAAUUGAGGAAAUGUCCACUGGUGCUGCUUAUUGUCAACUAACACACCUUCUCUUUGGUGAAGAAAUCAGUUUGAAAAAGGUCAAAUGGAAUAGCAAAAAUGAAGUUGAUCAUAUCAACAAUUGGAAAAUUCUUCAAACGGCCUGGAAAGCGAUAGGAAUCGACAAGCCUGUACGAGUAGAAAGCUUGAUGAAAGCUAAGUUCCAAGACAAUUACGAGUUUCUUCAAUGGUUCUUCAAAUUCUUUAAAGCUAACUAUACUGGUGAGGACUAUGAUGCUCUUGCUGCCCGAGGAGGAGAGGCUUUCCCUGCUGGAGGACGCGGAGGUCCUCGAGUUGCCCGACCGGCACCAUCUCGAGCUCCUACUACCACUACUACUACCACCCGACCGGCUCCCGCAAGAACAGCUGCUGCUGCCCCUGUAGCAAACGGCGUUGCCAAGCGCACUUCUCAACCUGCUUCGAACACAAGUGCUCAAAAGUUGGAAGAGGAAAAUGGAUUCCUCCAACAACAACUACAAGAGAUGGGUGAAUCCUGCACAGCUAUUGAGCGGGAGCGGGAUUAUUAUUUCGAUAAGCUUCGUCGUGUAGAAGACUUAUGUACCAUGAUUGUAGCUGAGCAAAAGCAAGUGGAUCCUCAAGAAAUUUUGAAUAUUCUCUAUGAAAAUAAUGGUGCUGUUCCUGAGAACGAAGAGGGUGCUGAAGAGGCUGCUGAGCAAGUCCACAGCAUCAGUCUAGAUGACGGAGAAACCUUCUAA